AGAUUAAAUAAACAUGUCGUGUGAAGCAAAUGAUGUUCUUUCUAUUUUGGAUGUUGAUUGCUUUCAAAGUGAUGAAAUAAAUAUUUUAAUGGAGGAUUUUAAAACCGAAUUAAUUAUUAAUGAAGACAAUUUUGAUAUCUCAACCUUUGAUGAGGAAAUAUUUCUUCUUCCAGAGUUUGAAGAGCUUGACAUAAAAAAAAAAAGUUCUGAAUUGAUGAGAUGUGAAAAAUGUAAAAAACAUUACAAUACCAAAAAAUAUUAUGAUAAUCACAUCCUAAAAUGUGUUGAAAUCCAUUCAACUAAAUCAUUUUCAAAAGGAAAAGCAAGCUCUAAAAAUAUUCUCAAUGAUGAUGUGCAAAUAAAGCUUUCAGAGAAUUUCUCUGUGUACUUUUGGGAAUCAAUAAACGAAGCUUUUAAAGAUGAAUUUUUCAACAUGUCAGACAAAGAUUUUGUUACUUCUGGCAAUAUUUCUGUCAUGGUUGCUUCUAAACUGCUAUUUCACAAAAAUGAAAUUGAAAAAUCAGUUGAACAUUUUAAUAGACUUCUAUCCAUUGAUAUGUUUGCAAUAUUAAACACAUCAAGUAAUACUCCUUGUUUUCGUAAUAGUAUAUGUCAAAUGGUCAAUAAAAUGAGAUUGUCAGCUAAUUUGAAGACUGAAUGGAAUACAAUUUUAAAGUUAAUAAAUAUUGAAGUUAUUGAGAUCCAUAUUGAUAUGUUAAGAGUAUAUGUGAUAAACAAAAUAUAUGAAAAAUGCUUACUAUGGAGAAAUAGUGAACUCUUUGUAACAGAUGAAAAAAUGUUAGAACUAAAAUUAUCUUUAAAAGAGGAAAAAGUGCUAAUGUAUGUUUCUGGAUAUAUUAUUUUUUUCUUGCUAAAAAAAUACAAAAGAAAUAAAUCACCAUCAUCUUUAAUAAUCUGUUCUGUUAUAAAUUCUUGGCAGUUGUCAAGCAACAUUUCUGAUGAAGUUUUAUUGAAUAGUACAAGAUCGUGGAUCGACAGAGUAGAUCGAGGAGCAUUAAUGCAUGUGAAUGACGAGUUUUAUUUGUUUAUAUGCCAUAUUGAAAACAUUGCAAGAUCCAUACUAAAUAGAAACUUACUAGUGAACUAUAACGGGCAGGAUCUUAGAGAUGUUUUAAUGUCAAAUUUCCAAAAAAAUGCCCAGUUAGAUCUUUCUUGGUCAUCACUGACUCGAAAUCUUGAAAAUUUAGAAUUAUCUCAACUGUUAAAGUUAACUAUCUUAAAAAAGUGGAUAUCUAUGCGUGCUCGUUCCUUCUUAACAGCUUGGAUUAAUGUGGUAAAGCAUAUAAAUAAAGGUGACAUUUCAAGUCAAGGCGAACCAGGACUAAGAAAAACUCUUUUUGUAAAAAGAAAAUUUCCUUCAGAUAAAUAAUAAAAAGGAACAAACUACAAA